AUGGCUGCCAAACGUCCCAACUUUUUAAUUAUCGUCGCCGACGACCUCGGUUACAGUGACCUGGGGUCGUAUGGCGGGGAGAUUCGCACCCCGAACUUGGACCAAUUGGCCGCGGAUGGGGCCCGAUUCACCAACUACUAUACGGCUGCCGCAUGCAGUCCGACGAGAGCAAUGCUGCUGUCUGGCACCGACAGCCACAUCGCCGGGGUGGGGGUCAUGAGCGAGCAGAAGGGACGUGAUCCCGAACGUUGGAACGUUCCGGGCCACGAAGGGUUUCUCAACCACGACGUUGCGGCGCUGUCGGAAUUGCUUCAGGACGGUGGGUAUCAUACGCUGCUCAGCGGGAAAUGGCACCUCGGUCUUCUCCCGGAGAACAACCCAGCCGAGCGAGGCUUUGAUCGGUCAUUUGCCUUGCUUCCAGGGUGCUCAAAUCACUACGGAUACGAGCCCCAAUUCGGUAAAGAUUACAUCAACUUCUUCACCCGGAUCCCUCCGCUGUAUACCGAAGACGGCAAGAGAGUCGAGAUUGAGCCCAACAUGAACCAGGACCCGAAUGGCUUCUUCACGUCCGAUUUUUACACCGACAACCUCAUCAAGUACCUCGACGAGCGGACGCCCGAGAACAAGGAGAAACCGUUCUUUGCAUACCUGCCAUUUUCUGCUCCCCACUGGCCCCUCCAGUGUAGCCGUGAGGACCGGGAGCGCUACCGGGGUAUGUAUGACGACGGCCCCGAUGCGCUCCGGUUGAGGCGACUCGAGUCCCUUCAAAAGCUCGGGAUUGUGGAUCAAGACAUCACGCCCCAUGAGGUGAUUGCACCGGAGGCGAUCAAGAGAUGGCAGGACAUGGACACCUACGAGCAGAGAGCCUCUGCCCGAGCCAUGGAGUGCUUUGCCGGCAUGGUCGACAACAUGGACCAGAACGUGGGCAAGAUUGUUCGCUACCUGAAGCAGAUUGGGGAGUUUGAAAACACCUUCAUCAUCUUCCAGUCUGAUAACGGAGCCGAAGGGGCUGCGUACGAGGCGCUGCCCACCAUGGGCGCCGAUCUGAUGCGAGUCAUCCACACGUACUAUAACAACGACAUCGACAAUAUCGGCAAUCCCGACUCCUUUGUGUGGUAUGGCACCAGGUGGGCCCAAGCCUCGACUGCACCAUCCAGAAUGUACAAAUAUUAUAGCACCGAGGGCGGAAUCAAGGUGCCUUUCAUUGUCCACUACCCCAAGUUUCACCAGAAUCAGCAGGGCGGCGCCCUGGUCAAGUCAUUCUCCACGGUCAUGGACAUCUGCCCCACGAUCCUCGAUCUGGCGGGCGUCCAACAUCCAGCCGCCGGAGCAGGGAAUGGGAGCUAUCGAGGACGAGCCGUGGCUUCCAUGCGUGGCCGAUCCUGGGUCAGUUUUGGCCUCCAAUCUGCACCCGAAGACGCUGACCCGGUGAUCCAGGUUCCUUUCAUGCAGGAUAAUAAGAGCCUUGGCACGACAGCAGCCACGUCCAUCCAUGGAGAUGAUGGCACCAUGGGAUGGGAGCUCUUUGGUCGGGGAGCGGUGCGGCAAGGCCCGUACAAGCUGGUGCACGUUGAGCCGUUUGCUGGGGGGCGGGAGGACGGGAAGUGGCAGCUCUAUCAUCUGGAGAAAGAUCCCGGGGAGGUGGAGGAUCUGUCGGACCGCAUGCCGGACAAGGUUCAGGAAUUGACGCAGAUCUGGGAGGAAUAUCGGCAAGCCACCGGGGUGGUCUGGGGCAUGCCGAUCCGGUUUGUGGGGGAGGAAUGGGAUGGCUGUGACGAUGAGGGGAUCAUUGGGGGGGAUGCGAUUACGCAGACCCAGGCGUGGAUGCAGGUGCGGCAGGGGGAGACGGCCGCGAGAAAGUGCCCCCCCGCAAUCCGGGGAAAGUGGAGUGCUGCAAGGGGCGUGACUCGUUCCCACAAGCUGAAUGACCGUGACCACCAGGUAGAGGGCAUCAUCGCCCCCAAAGACCAGCUGCCCCGUUACUUUGCCAAGUCGGGUCCAACCGAUGCGGAUCCACGUAAGACCAAGAAGGAUGGUGGCGGCAAGGGCAAUUGGGGCCGCUCCGGAGAUGAAGUCCAGGACUAUGGCUACACCUUCACCAAUGCCAGGCGCCGCUCCAACAGCAGCACCCAGGGUCUGGCCGAUUUUCGCACCAAAUUCGAGACCGUCGAUCCGGAGCCGGUCUUUGAGGAGCAGUUCCACGGCCCCUCAGAUGAAGCCCUGGCGAACGAAACCACCGUCACCAAGGUGGACACCACCAGCAGCAAUGGUAGCGAGACCGACAACGGGGGAAUGCGUCUCUAA